ACUUCACUUUGCCCUCAAGUAAAUUAUAAGAUUAAUCUGAGCUGAGCCUGGGGCAGUUUGAAACUUCAACUGGAUCGAUAAGCUGAGACCUGCACAAAACACACUUCCAACCCCAGUGGAUCCCGGCAGGAAGAGCUAGCUGGUUUUUCUCGGCGGAAGACCACGCGUGGCUCCUCGGAACUGCCGCGGGGCAGUGGAGAACAGUUGGUGCGCUGGCGGCGGUGUCAGCUCAGUCCAGAUGGCGACUGGGGCUGACGUGCGACCCUGCUCCACGUAGAGGUGGAGAUACAGCCGGUCACCCCAGAUUUUAAUCGGAGCCCAGAAAGGGAGGAACUGGUGCUGCUAGAGCGACGAGGAUGGGUCAGUCAGGAAGGCUACUGUCUCUGACUGAGUGCAGGCACACCCCGCCCCCGGGAGCCCCCUAGCCUGCGCAGAAAAACUUGGGGGAGGGGGGGGCUCGGACAUCUGCAGCCGGAGGGUGGAAACCGAUCACGGGUUUCCCGAGGAGGAAGACAACAACCCCAGCCUCAGGAGCCCUUUAUUCUGAGUCUAGGAGCCACAUUCCUGCUCUCAGGCGACUCAAAGCCGAUUUCAACAAGCUGGUGUCCCGAGAACUUCCCGGCGGGAGGUAGCCAGCCUCGCGCGGGGGGCAAGUGGGCGCAGUGGAGGCAGAAAAAGCGCGGUCUAGGCGGGAGCGGACUCGCGGCAGGGCGUGCGGACGGAGCUGCGCGCACCGCUCUGGUGGCAGGUGAGCGCUCGCCGCUGGAGAGCCCAGAGCGCGACUCCAGGGAGCACGUGGCAGGGCGCGCGGGGCCGCAUGAAAGCGGGCGAGAGGAUGCAUCUGUUGGACGCCAAGCUUGCAGUCGGGACUUACACAACUCUGUGGCAGGAUGGGACCAGCAGCAUCCCUGCGUCUUCACCUGGCCUGGCCUUGCAGCCCACUGAGCUGGCUCCCCAGAGCAGCCACUGCUGCCAUUCCCAGAAGGGUCCUGGCAGUCACGGUGACCCCAAGAAGAGGGCCUGGCGCCAGCUCUGUGUGGCUUCUGCCUUCUGCCUGUUGUUCAUGAUUGGGGAAGUCAUCGGUGGGUACCUGGCACAUAGCUUGGCGAUCAUGACAGACGCAGCCCACCUGCUCACUGACUUUGCCAGCAUGCUUAUCAGCCUCUUCUCCCUGUGGGUGUCUUCCCGGCCAGCCACCAAGACCAUGAACUUCGGUUGGCAUCGAGCUGAGAUCCUGGGUGCCCUGCUCUCUGUGCUGUCCAUCUGGGUCGUGACGGGGGUGCUGGUGUACUUGGCGGCGGAAAGGCUGAUCUCUGGAGACUAUGAGAUCAAGGAGGAGACCAUGUUGAUCACGUCGGGCUGUGCUGUGGUCGUGAACAUCAUAAUGGGGUUGAUUCUUCACCAGUCUGGCCAUGGACACAGCCACAACCCCGAACACGGCCACAACGCCAGCCAGGAGCAGGGAAGCCCCAGUGUCCGAGCUGCCUUUAUCCACGUCAUUGGAGACUUUCUGCAGAGCUUGGGCGUUUUGGUGGCAGCCUUUAUUUUAUACUUCAAGCCAGAGUACAAGUUUAUAGACCCCAUCUGCACCUUCCUGUUCUCCAUCCUCGUCCUGGGGACAACCUUGACCAUCCUGAGAGAUGUGAUCCUGGUGCUGAUGGAAGGGACCCCCAAGGGUGUGGACUUCACAGCCGUGCGGAAUCUGCUGCUGUCCGUGGAGGGCGUGGAAGCCUUGCACAGCCUGCACAUCUGGGCGCUGACCGUGGCCCAGCCUAUCCUGUCUGUCCACAUCGCCAUCGCUGAGAAUGCAGAUGCCCAGGCUGUGCUGAAGGCAGCCAGCGACCGCCUGCAGGGGAUGUUCCAUUUCCACACCAUGACCAUCCAGAUCGAGGACUACUCUGAGGACAUGAAGGACUGUCAGUCAUGCCGGGGCCCCUCGGACUGACCACCUGACCAGGCAUCAAUGGGGUGGGGACAGGCCUGCCGAUGGCUGGAUUGAGUGUCCCCCACCCCCACCCCCAGGCUCAGCCAGGUCUCUGCCUGCCCUGGCUGGGUUAUGAACCAGGUCCUUCUCCUGACCGCUGCUCCAUGUUCAGUGACGAGGGGCCUUGUCCAGGAACGGGCUCCUCCCUUGCCUCCCUCAUCUGACUACUGCCAGCCCCAGGAGGGGAACCCGGCAGGUAUGGAGCUGGUGUGACCGUGCUCCUCCAGCUCCCAGCGGGGCAGAGUUCGGGCCUAGUCCUCAGCUAAUGCCACCCAACCACCAGCCUCUGGAAAGGCAGUAAGGCACAGAGAAAGGUGACAGAGGGGAGACCGGCCUCUUUGUCUCCUCACCUGCCUGCCUAAUUCCCCAUUUUUGGUCUGUCUGGUCUCUGCCUUAUGCAUCUGCGAAGCAGCUCUGUGAACCGAGCCCCCUUCCUCUGCCUCUGACAAUAUGCUUUAAGGAGGCCACGGGCCCCAGAAAUCAGGAUCCAGGGGGCACCUGAGGUUGAUCUGUGCCUGAAUCAUU